ACAAAAGAAUUUGAUAUUCUUCUUAUUCUCAGUGGUAAACAAUUAAAAAAUGAUAAAAUCGAACAAUUAUGUACGAUAUUUUUUCGUUUACUUCGUCAAAAUAUACUUUCAAAAAAGAAGAAAAAACUUUCUAAUAAAACAUCUAAUCAAAAUUUAAAUAUAUCAAUACUUAAAGUACUUCAAAAUUUAUUAAUUAAUAUUAAAGAUCUAAUAGAAAAAUAUCUUCAAUUAUUAUCAAUAUUAUUUUAUAAAAUAAUUCAACGUGAUCAAAGAAUUGAAUUAAUAAAUCUUUUUCAAAUCUUUAUUAAUCAAUCAACACAAACUAAAUUACGUACAAUUUGGUAUUUAAAACAAUUAAUUGAACUUAAUUCUUGGAAUACAGAAGCAAUUGAUGAAGCUGAUUAUGAACGUCGUUUAAAUAGUUAUAAAGAUUUAGCAAAAGAAUUAGUAAAUGUACAAGAUAUUGAUAAAGAUAAAGAUGAAUAUUUAUGUUUAUUUUAUCAUUGUUUAUAUGAAUUACAUUAUUCAGUAAAUGAUUUAUCAUUACGUGAAUAUGCUUCACAAUGUAUUCAAUUAUUUCUUAAACAAAUUCCAUCGUAUCAAACCUUUUUUCUUACUGAAAUUCGCACAAUAUUAAAACAACCAGCAAUAUCAAUUAAUAUUCGACAUGAAUUUAUUCGUCAUUUAGCAUUUAUUACUGAUAUUAAUAAUGAUAAUGAAGAUUUAAAUGAUCUAAAACGUUUACCAUUAAAACGUUUCAAGUUAACACAUGAUCAACAAUUAUUUCAUGUAACAACAAUAAAUAAUUAUCUCUUACCAAUUGUUUGUUCAUUUAUAAAUGAUGUUAUUAAUGAUGAAACACAAGAUAUUAAUGAUGAAAUUGUUUUUGUAUGUUUAACAACAUUAUGUCAAACAUUAUCAUGGUUAAAAUAUAAUCAAUUGUUUGUUUCUUAUUUUCGUCAAUUAACAACUACGAAACGAACAUUAAAUUUAUCACAAAAACGAUGUUUAACUAAAACAAUAUCAGCAAUUAUUGAUGCAUUUCAUUUUCAAUUAGAUUAUGAUGAGAACAAAGCAGAAAGUGAGCGUAUUAGUCGCGCAGUACAAAAACAUUUAUUACCUAUGAUUCUUGAUCUCUUAAGUCAAAAUUCAUUUUCUAUUGAUGGUUUAACAACUACUGGUAUAGCAACUAAAAAUGCUAGUAUUGAUGAUCAACGUCAACAAGCUAUUCUUUUAACUGUAACAUGUUCAUUAAUAGCAACAAAAUUAAUUGUUAUAUUUCCUCAUGAAUUUAUUGAACAACAUAUCUCAACAAUUCUUCUUCAUUUAAUAACAUUACUUCGUUCACGUAUAUAUUCAAUACGUGAUCAAGCACGUGAUUGUUUAUGUAAAUGUAUAACAGUAUUUGGUAAACGUUAUUUAAAAUUUAUAGUUGAAGAAUUAAUAGCUGGUUUACAACGUGGUUAUCAACAUUUUGUUUUAUUACAUACAGUUCAUAGUAUACUUAUUCAUAUAUCAACAUUAACAGAUGAUUUUAAUAUUGAUUCAGCUGUUAAAAUUCUUACAAACUUAUUUAUUGAUGAUUUAUUUAAUUCAGAAAAAACUGAAUCAUCAAAAGCAAAUGAACAUGAAAAUUCAUCCUAUAAACCAUCCAAUAUACCUGAAGCAAAAACAAAUAAAACAGCAAAUGUGAUGGAAUUACUUGGUCGUUUAAUACAUUCAAAUGAUGAACUUUUAACAUGUAUUGAACCAAUACGACAACAAUUAUCAUUAAGUCAUGAUUCAAGACAAAUAUCAAAAUGUGAAAAAUGUUUACAACGUUUUCAAACUGGUUUAAUUAGCAAUACACAUUUAUCAAUUGAAAGUUUAUUUAUAUUUAUUUAUCAUUUAUUAACAAAAACAGAAGAAGAUUCUUCAAAUGAACAAACGAAUAAUAAAAGUACAUCGAAUAAAAUGAUAGAAGAACGUAGUAAAUAUCAUUUAAUACCAUCAGAACCAAAACGUGGUCAUGCAAGAGUUGCACAAUCUAUAAUACAUGUUAAAAAAACAAAUAUUCAUUGUUUAAUUUCAUGGACACUUAAUCUACUCAAUAAACUUAUUAAAAAACAUAAAAAUGAUGAUCAAACAUUUUUAUCUAUGAUUGAUCCAUUUGUUAAUCAUAUUGAAAUAUGUUUAAAUUCACAAUAUACAGAUGUUAUAGUUUCUUCACUUAGAAAUUUAUCAUCAUUAUUAGAAUAUUCAUUACCAUCAUUAGAUAAACAACGUAUAACAAAUAUGUAUAAAAAGGUAUUUGAUUUAUUAAAAAUGUAUUCAUCCGUUGCUGGUUCAAAUGAUAUGAAUGAUUUAUUGACACUUUGUUAUAAAAUUCUUGGUACAUUUGUUCAACGUUCAAUAAAUGAUAAUAUUGCAUUAACAUCCGAUGAAUAUCAAUGUUUAUUUACUUAUAUUGAAUCUGAUUUAUUAAAUGUUCAUCGUCAAUCAAGUGCAUUUCUUCUUCUUCGUUCUAUAAUGCGUCAUUCAGUUACAAUAAUAACAAAUGAUAAAAAUCUUCGUACACAACUUGAUAAUCUUCUACGUUCUCGUUUAAUAUUUCUUAUUGUACAAUCACCUUAUGAUCAUGUUCGUACAAUAUGUCGUGAUCUAUUUCAUAUCUAUUUUUUUUCAUAUGAACAUACAAAAACCAAAUUAAAAUCUUAUUUAGAUUUUUUUCUUCUUCAACUUGAUUAUGAAGAAUAUAAUGGACGUUUAUCCGUAUUAAUAUUUCUAAAUAAUUUAUUUAAUGAUUUAACAAAACAACGUUUAAAUGAUUAUGCUGCUUAUUUUUU